AUGCAUAAGAAAUGGACAGUUCGGGCUCACCAGAGAGAUUUGAUCCAUGUCUCAUCCUUGAAGGAGCAGACAGAAAGUAUACUCCGAGCACUACUAGGAUCGCGUUGGCUCACUCGGUAUGAUAAGGAAGUUGAGCUGCUUGUCAAGAUCACAUAUCAGGCGCUGACCACUGGCCGUGCUGUUCAAUCUCUUGGGGAGGAGUAUACUGAUAUAUGGCCGCAUCCCGGUCGCAUACGCGUACCUUAUAUCCGAGCAACACUCGUUCUGCUACCAACCCUACCAGCGUACAUCCUAGCACGCAUGGCAGCAAUGCUCCCUUCUACGAAUGGACGCUUGAGGGGUAUUGUGAAGGACAUGACGAAUGUGCUCGAGGUCCUAAUGGAAAUCAAUCUUGCAUUUUUCUACUUGCGGGGUACAUAUUACGAUUUGAUCAAGAGAGGGCUAGGCAUGCGGCAUAUUUCAGCGAUACCAGAAGACCCCCAUACAAGGCCGCCAACGUACUCACUACUCGGGGUGCUGAUUCUGGUCAGAUUGCUUUACCGAGGGAUCAACGUCCUCCGUACCCAUUCCUCAAAACACGCACCAGUUGACUUGGUCCCCAACAGCUCCAGCGGCUCUGAAGCUGUAUACUCGGUCGACAACAACCCGCACAUUGAUGCACGCCCGAUAUCUUCACUUCUGGACACGGUCGAGGCAGAUUCUGCUACCACACUCUCCGCAGAAGAAGAUAAGCUAACUGUUAUAGACAUGAAAGCUAUACCGCAGGAGAUUCGGGCAGGACGCACUUGUACGCUUUGCCUUGAGGAGCGAACAGCAAGCUGUGCGACGGAAUGCGGGCAUCUGUUUUGUUGGACUUGUAUUUAUGGAUGGGGGAGGGAAAAGUCAGAGUGCCCGCUUUGCAGGCAGUCGUUGGACUUAACGCGGCUACUACCCGUCUAUAACUUGUAA